AUGUCAAAUUGAAAUAAACUUUUAUAAUUGCAGUUUUUUGGCCCUCCAGAUAUUUUGUACAUAAAUUAACGGUUCAUAAUUUGCCAAAAUGGGAGAUGCUGAAAAGAAAAAUAAUGAAGAAUCGCCCGAAGAAAAAUCUCCAAAUCCGGAGGAAACAAUUCCACCGCGGCCAUUGGAGAACGAAAUGCCCACAUUUUUCCACAUCGGAGGAUUGGCCAAACAAUGCCUGGUAGCCGGCUACGAAUUUGGCGCUUGGCACAUCGAUUGCUCCACAAGUAUUGGAGACAACAUUGGCCUUUAUAGCUAUGGAGCCGGCAGACCCGAAUAUAACAAUGUUUCCGGCGGUGUGGGCAUUCGCGAGAAGGUGGGUAUCUUCAAUAUGUCACAGGGUUGGCAAUCUGAAGGCAUUAUGGGUACGCUUGGGCUGCGCACUCCAUUGGUUGAGGGCGUGGCAAAUGCCAUGCUACGUGGCAUAUACGAUAUACAGGGCGGUGACGCUGCAAAGCUGGAACUCUAUACCGGCUACGAGCAUACGCCCAUCAAGUUCGAUAUGAUCAUACCGCUGUUGAAUGUGCCAAGGUUCAUGGGCUAUGUGCUGCUUCAGCUGGCCGAAAACUAUCUGUUUGCCUAUCGCAUGGUCUAUAACUUUAACGACUCGGCAUUUGAGAAGCAUGCAUUGUGCGCGGGUUUUAAUAAUGACAACACCGAAUUGAGCCUCAAGUUCGAGAACUUCAAGGAUUGGCGUGGCUCCAUCUUCCAGCGCAUAGGCGAGCGCUGGGCCGUUGCCCUGAAGGCGGACUAUUUUGAGGAGGCCGAUAUGCAAGUUGCCAUUGGAGGCCAGUACGCGGUCCAUGAAAAUGCACUGCUCAAGAUGAAGAUGCGCUUCGACGGCUUCCUGGCCUUGGCCUACCAAGUACAUCUCAGCGAAAAUAUUGCGAUCCUUUACCAUGCGGGCUUGAACGUUUCAGAUCCUAUCAAGGGUGGUCACAGAAUUGGUCUUUCCUGGCGUCUUAGGUGUUAGAUGUCAACUUGAAACUCAAUUAUAAAAUUAAAAUAAAAUAGUGCUGUACAUGAAAAACGUA